GUGCCUCCGCAUGUCCGGGGUAUGGGUGCCCCCCGUCGCCGUCUCGGGCACAGAGGUCAAAUUCACCUGCCACUACGAGACGAGUCCUUCGGUCAACGACACCCUGUACUCGCUCAAGUGGUAUCGAGGGCACGACCAGUUCUACGAGUACAUACCCAAAAAUAAACCGCCGAUGAAGGUCUACGAGAGCGCCCACGUGCAUGUCGACAAAUCCCAGAGCGACGCGAACACUGUGGUUCUGAAAGGAAUUACACGUGAAACUUCAGGGAGCUUUCAGUGCGAAGUGAUGGGCGACAAACCCCUUUUCGAGACGGAUAACUACACGAAGAACAUGACGGUUGUCGACAUACCCACCUGGGGCCCAAGGCUGACCCACAGACCCCUGAGCUCGAAAGUGGGCGUGCAGGACAUCAUCCAGGCCCGGUGUGAGGUGGGCCCCUCCGACCCGCCCACGGAGAUCACGUGGCUCAUCAACCGCACGCCCGCGCCGCCCUACGCCCGCGUCGAGACCUACAAGAACGAGAACCGCGUCCAUGUGUCGCCGGGGAAUUUUCAACAAAUGAACCCAGUUGGAGGACUCAUGGCGGACGAUAAACAAAACAAUGAAGAGAUGAGCACGAUAGACAUAGUGCUCCUUCAUCCCUUACACACUCACAUUGCGCCGUCUUCGUUUACACACCGAGUGGAUCACCGGCCCCUCUGUGCGGAGAGAUUCAUCAAAGGCAGCUGCAACAUUGACAUUUGCAACACUGACCGCUGUGACAAUGGCCGUGCAGACGAAGCAACAGACUCCUGGCCAAGGUUCGCCCUGGCCGCUCAUCAGACGACUCUAUUGUGUGGAUAUUUUUAUUGCAUCACUAACGGAGAGCUCUCUGAGUACUUCUAG